AUGAAUUGCAGGCUUCAUUAUGAAAUCACGGCGGACUUCUGUCAUCAGCAUACGGGACAAGCCCCCUGUAGGCUGUCUGAUGAAACGAAUCCUCUGCAUCAUCUACGGCUUGUGGAGUCAGUGUAUUCGAAGGAAGACCUGGGGGAAAAUGUGCUAAACAAAUACAACAAUUUCAUUGAAUGCCAUCGAUGGGUCUGCUCCGGAGCAGGUUGUCCCCUCACGCUUGAAAUCAACAUAUCUCCGCCCCGGCUUGAUAAGAAACUCCUCUCUCAGAUUACAUCGCCUGAAAGGGUUCAGGCCCGUGGGAAAAGGGUCAUCGCAGAGGAACCAGAUCGAUAUAGUGGCUUAGGACCCUUGGCCGUACCGCAAAUUUUGAGCAAUCUUCGAACAUACCUCGUAGAUGCAAAGGCAGCAAAAGACAAGAGCGAGCUCAAACGCAUUGCAGCACGUAAUAAGAAGUUCAUGCUUGCCUUUGCGAAUGAUUGUGCCAGUCUCUUCAACUACUUGGAUUUCACCCUUAUAAAGGAGGAUAGCCCUGAGCCGGAUGGCGAGCCGAGCUACUUUUGGCAGCUUCCUGUCAUAUCAGACACUAAUAGAGAAUUCAUCAAUGACGUUCUGACCGAGCUUGAUGUAUUAAUAGCAAACAGACCUCAAGAGGAGCAACGGGCCGCCAAAGUCCAGGUACUCAACAUGCCUAUGAGCGCGUUAAAGGACAUUGAAAGAAGCCUUGGCUAUCACAACUAUCCAACUAGAUCCCGAACUGUCGACCUCUCGAAACAAGAGCAUCCACACUACGCAAGCUUAGGAGCUGUGGAUAAUUUCACGGAUAAUCACCUGAUCUGGGCUUACGAGCGGCAAUGUGAAUGCGAUCCGCGAAACAGACCAUACUAUCUGGAUUGUUUAUCCGGUAUCGCGAACGGUCGUAAAAGCUCUGAAUUAGAACUGAAAGUGGCAAUGGCUGCUUCCGCGGGCGAACUAGGUUUGAACGAAAUUGAGAAUGCCUACAAGUUCUUUGCGAUAGACCCAAACACAAAGGAUGGCGAUGACUAUAUCAUUGGUGUCUAUAAUUCCAGAAUUGAGUCAGCACCACGACAGAAGGAUGAAGCUAGAAACUGUCUACGCGUGAUCGCCAAAGCCAGAAAUAGUCAAAAGAUCGAAGCUGUUGCGAACGAUAAGACGAUGUCUUUCGAAGAAGCGUUAGAGUUUUUGAAUGUGACAGAAGAUACCCAGUCAGACAGUAUUGAGGCGGCAGCUGUAGCUAUGGCUACCGAGGCAGACAAGACGAGAGUUGCAUCUGCUUUACGAGUUAUCGCGAAUCGACGCGGCAAUGACUUCACUCUGCAACGUGCUGCGGCAUCUAUGGAAUCCAGCUCAGAAGAGACAAUACUGGAUAUUGGCGAAGCCUAUAAUCGACUUCAGAUCACAGAGCGCAACGCGCCAGAUGAGACUGUCUUGGCAUAUUACCAGAGCCUCUCGAGUGGAGCCCCUGCUGGGUCACAGGAAAGUUAUGCUGAGGCUUUACGGGUCAUCGCGUUAGAUCGACAGAGUAACCUCCUAUUGAGAAAGCUCCUUGAUCCUAAUGCAGAUGUUCAAGUCGUGCGCUCUACAGCAAAUGAGCCUGUUGGUCUCGACAAUAUUGGCAAUACAUGCUAUCUCAACAGUCUCCUCCAGUUUUAUUAUACUAUCAGAACAGUCAGAGAGGUCGUCAUGAACUUCGACAAACAUCGCAUGGAUCUCAAUGAUCCUAAAACUGAUGAGGAUAUCAAGAAGAAACGCGUCGGGGGCCGAAAGGUUGUCAGAUCCGAAGUUGUAAAGGCACAGAAGUUUGUGGAUGAGCUUCACAAUCUGUUUGAAAAUCUGAGAACAGCGUCAACACGAUCAGUGAGGCCUACCAAGGAACUUGCCGAGUUGACGAUUUUCAGCUCUCAAGCAGAGGCAAACUUUCGUAGCAAAUCGAUCAGUAGUCCGAAUGCACCAAACCUCGCAUCGAUUCUAAAUCCCACUGCUCCUGUUUAUGGCCCUGAAGGCCCGCCGCCGCCUGUACCAUUACGGCCUUCGCCAACACCGGCUGACGAUGUCGAGAUGAGCGACCUCCCUGGAGACAAACCUGAAAUUAGCGACAAUAGUAGCGAAUCAACUCUCGUCGAAACGGAUACACUCCCCUCCGCUCCUCCUCCCCCCUAUGAUCAUAUUAUAGAUCACAUCGAUUCCCACUUUCCCCAAGACGAGAAGAACGACCCCUUCCAAAACGAUAUCGAUUCCGUUAUGGUCAAUGGUGUCAACACAGAGACUAUUGUUUCAGUGCCAGAAAAGCCGCCUCCAGUACCGCCCCGUAACAAGUCGGGACUCAGUAUUCAAACCGAUACUCGAGAUCACAUCUCUGAAGAUGAUCUGUGGAGAUUUGGCUCGCAGCAAGAUGUCACAGAGGUGAUUGGAAAUGUAGUGUGGCGAUUGCAGUGUGCUAUAAAGGCAAACAGUAUCGACCAGACUUCAGAAGAGCAGAUAGACGAUAUCCGAGAUACUUUCUUCGGCGCGAAUGCAGUUUAUACGCAAAAGUCUCGGAGCCUCGAGAGGAAAGUUGAACCUUGGGCGAAUCUCAUCGUGUUCCCGCCACAGACCGGAUCUCGCGAUAUCUACGAGGCCCUGGAUGUGGUCUUCGACGAGCAAAAGGUCGAUAUUGCGAAUACCUUGACGCCGCAAUAUGCUUCCAUCAACAAGCUACCCCCAAUCUUACAGAUCCAAAUCCAGCGCACAGCGUUUGAUCCUGUAAGACAAUUACCUUGGAAGAACAGGAACCCGGUCAUCUUCCCGGAGACCAUCUAUCUUGAUAGGUAUAUGGAUUCUGAUGACCCAGCUUUGAUGCGUCGACGCCGAGAAGCUUGGGAGUGGAAGAAUCAGCUUCGAGUGCUUGAGGCCAGACAAACGGUUCUCAAAAAGACCGAAGUAGAUGCCUCCCUUCCGGAAGCUCUACUUGCAGCAAAGGAUUUUAUCAGCCAGCUCCAAGAAAACGAGAUCGAGGGCGUGGAAAUCAGCCCCAUCCUUCCCGAAGCCCUGGAAGAACGCUUCCACGAAGUAGCCAAUGAGCUCGAGGAUAUCAACCACAAGAUCGCUGCUCUGAAGCAGAAGCUCAAUGAUCAAUUCGCGGACCUGCGCCAAUACGAAUACCAGCUCCAGACGGUAUUCAUCCACCGCGGCGAAUCUGGCGGCGGCCACUACUGGAUCUACAUCUACGACUUCGACAACGACAUCUGGCGCGAGUACAACGACGAGUACGUGACCGAGGUCAAAGACCGCCGCCGCAUCUUCGACCACUCCUCCCAAGCCGGCGGCACCCCCUACUACCUUGCCUACGUCCGCAGCGCCGACCGGAAGAACCUCGUCGACGCCGUCGUCCGCGAAGUCAAGGACGAAGUCGAGAUGUCCGAUGUCGCCGGCCCCUGGGCGGAUCAUCUCGAUGAGGCCAUCGUUAUGGACACGCACGGCGACGACACCCGACACAUCGAACACGCAACCACCACCGCCGCUCCUCGCCCGCUCCUCCCUAAACCCGACGCCGCAGCCGCAGCAGCGAACUGGGCACCUGGUUGGGAUGCAGCUAGCAUGAGCGAAUUCGAUGCGAACGGCAAGAGAUGGGAUUGA